AUGAAGGAAUAUCGUAAGAGCUGGAGUUAAGAUGUAAUUCUUAUAAAUAUAUUUAUAGGAAGACUAAAUACUAUAAGAAUUAUACAAAAUUUAUGGCGAUAAAUGGAAAAAGAUCGCAGAGCAACUACAUCAGCAAUAGAUAUCAUAAGGAAAAAUAAGAACUGCAGCAGCUUGUAGAGAGAGGUACCAAAAUAUUCUAAAACCUUGUUUAAAUAAAACUGAAUGGACUAGAGAAGAAGAACAAAAAUUAUUUUCAUUAUAAAAACUUUUUGGAAAUUGCUGGACCAAAAUUACAGUAAAGAUGAGAAAUCGUUCAGAACUGAUUUGCAAAAACUACUUUUAUGCUACUAUUAGGAGAGUACUAAGAAGAUUGAGCAAGUAAGUUGGCAUCUUAAAACGUAAAUGAAAUAAUAUUCUAAUUUAGCUUCUCAAAUGCUAAAAUCCAUUAAGCCAAGCAUUUUAAUGAGUAUUUAUUUGGAAAGAAAUCAAGAAUAAUAAAUGGUUUUUAAAGAAGAAGUACGUCUUUAAUUAAAAUAAUUGAUAACUAAAUAUUAAUUUAUACAAAAGGAAGAAAAUAUCUAAAUAGAUUAUGAUGAAAUUCAAAAAAUAAAAUAGUUGAUUUAAGUAUUAGUUGAUGCUAAGUAUUGAUAUAAUUUUACAAUUAGUUCAUAAUAUUUAGAGUUAAAAGGAAAGCCUUUAAUUCAAAAAUAAAAUAAGCCCAAGAAGCAUAUUGGUAAUUAAAUUUUCAGGGAGUUAGAAGAAAAAAGAAUUAUUAAAAGAAUAUAAUUGAAAAAAAAGUUAUUUGUGAUCAGAAAACGGAAAUCUGAAAUUGAAACAUAUAUAAACAAGGAAUAACCAUAAAACAGUUUUUUUAAUGAGAACAAAGGUUUUUCAAAAUUCAUCGGAAAUUAUAUUUCUAAAAUUCCAGAAAGCUAAUUUUAAACUUAAGAAUAUUGGUCAUCAUAUUAAACUUAAGCCUAUUUUUAAAUCUAUUUUGUUUAUUCUAAAUAUGUUUCACAAUAUAUGUUAUAGUAUGGAAACUUAUUUGAUCCAACCUAAUAUUUUUAUAAUUAAUGUAUUAAUUAUCCAUUUUAAUUGAAAUAGAGUAUUUGA